AUGGUUCUCUGCGUGUCCAACGUACUGUGGUCCCCGGCAGGCCUGGCGGACGACGGCACACCCACCGAGCCAUACCCCGAGCUGGAGGUGACAGAUGGGUGGUACAGGCUGCGUGCCGUUGUCGACGCUCCGCUUGAGCGCGCGAUCCGCCGAGGCAAAAUUCGCGUCGGGAGAAAGAUCGCGGUCGCCAGUGCUAGACUCGUGUCAGAGCGCAAGGAGCCUGCAGAGAUCUUGGAAGCGUACGACUCAAUGACAUUGCGGCUGUCUGGUAAUUCGUGUAAUCUAGCGCCUUGGCAUGCGAGGCUGGGCUUUGUGAAAACCCCCUUCGUUGCUACGCUGGAUAAACUGACAUCUGACGGCGGAAAUGUCACCCUUAUGGACCUUGAAGUCAUCAAAGCCUACCCCAUCGCAUACAUAGAAUUCAUCCAGAGAGACGGAGAGAUGGACCGCGAAGGCCCGUGGUGCGAGAAGGAGGAAGCGAGGCACCACCGGAACUGGGAGAUACGCAGAGCAGUAGAGGAGGAGAAGCUCCAGAACGAACUCCAGAAGAAGAUCACUCUCUACGAGCGAUACGCCAUUCGCGCGCAACUCCAUGCAGGUGGAUACAGGAUUCAUGAAUGGGAAGGAGCACCAGACAACAUCGCCGACCUCUAUGAGGCCCUGGAAGAUCGCGAGAAUGCGAGCAAAUUUAUCGAAACACUUGACAGAGGCGACGCAGCAUGGCUCGCGGAGCAUAUCCGCACGGAGAACGAGAGGCUGGAGGAAAAUAUGCGGGAGGAGGUCGAGAAACAGCUCGAGUCCAUCUGCCCGCCCCGCACCGUGAAAAGCUUCCGCGUGGUCCUCAUGCGCGACGCGCGCUGGGCGAAGCGGCAGCCGCUGCGCACCGUGCAGGUCACCGUGUGGGACGUGCUCUCGCUCACCUUUGAGGAGGGUGGCCGGCCGGGCCACUUUGCUCCAGGCCAGCAGUUCUUAGUGUCGAAUCUGAUGCCAAGCCAGCCGGGUGCGUGGAUGGGCGUCGAGCCCGACGCUGUGGUCUACCUCACCGCGCGGAGGGACGCCCGUUGGACCCCUGUGAAGCGGCCUACUCCCAGCCCGGCUGCGUACAGUCGACCAUAA